GGCUGGCUGGCUCGGCCAGCAACAAGUGCGGAGGCAGGCGAGGCGAGAGCUGACGUCAGCGAGCGGAGUAUUAUGGUCUGGGCUGCGCUGGCUGCUGCCGCCGCCGCUUCUCUACUGCCAGCGGCCGAGUAAACAUGGAGCUCUCCGCCGUGGGAGAGAGGGUGUUCGCGGCCGAGGCCUUGCUCAAGAGACGCAUUCGCAAAGGUCGUAUGGAAUAUCUCGUGAAAUGGAAGGGCUGGUCUCAGAAAUAUAGCACCUGGGAACCUGAGGAAAACAUUCUAGAUGCCCGCCUACUUGCAGCUUUUGAGGAAAGGGAAAGAGAAAUGGAACUCUAUGGUCCUAAGAAACGAGGCCCCAAACCCAAAACUUUCCUCUUAAAGGCCCAGGCAAAAGCCAAAGCAAAAACCUACGAAUUCCGUAGUGACUCUGCUAGGGGAAUCCGUGUACCUUACCCUGGAAGAUCCCCCCAGGAGCUGGGCUCCACCUCCCGUGCUAGAGAAGGACUGAGGCAAAUUCCACUGCCACCUCAAAGCAGCUCCACCACUGUUACCACCAACACCUCCCGAGUGGAGACAAUCCAGGAAAACAGGGUUGGGACAGAGGAAGACCCAUCGGAAGGAGCCUUUAAAAAGCGAGGCCCAAAGCCCAGGAAAGAGCUCUACAAAGACCUGCCUGAAACUGCUGAUGUUGCCUCCAAACGGAAAUUGGUGGAACCAGGGGACAAGGUGGUGGUGGAUUACCUAAAAGCCAGGAAAAUGGAAGAGGCAGCUAACCCUGGUGCAGCCAAGUUCAGUUCAGGACAUAGUGUGAUCCAGUUAGCCCGGAGACGGGAGCCUGAGUUACCCAGUGCUGUUUCCAGCACCAGAGCAGAAACUGGCCUUAAGCUGGGUGCACCUGAGACUUAUCCUCCCAGGCUAACCAAGCACAGGGCAGAUUUCUUAGACCCAAAAGGGCAAAGUGGUUUGGACUUGGGUGCCCCUAAGAUCUUGCACAGCUCUGCAAACCAAGGCAGCUUAUAUCGAGAUGGUCUAGGGACACAGGCUGGCAGGCCUUCCCUCAUUGCCCGCAUCCCUGUCUCCAGGAUCCUUGGUGACCCAGAAGAAGAAUCUUGGAGCCCAUCUCUCAACAACUUGGAGAAAGUAGUAGUGACUGAUGUGACAUCAAAUUUCUUGACAGUUACCAUUAAGGAGAGCAACACAGACCAAGGGUUCUUUAAGGAAAAGCGAUGAAUGCUCUUGGAAAAGAGGAGGUAUCUAAUGGGUUAGGGUAGAGGUCAGCUGGCUUCGGUUUUUUUGUUUUUUUCUCCUUGGACAGGAUUGAAAGGUCUGUCCGUAAUUCAUUCUUUUAUUCCCUCCCCCUUCACCACCAAUUUCAGUUGGAAAGAUUAUCUCUAGAGUUAUAUUUUCUAUUAGAUGUAAAUAUGUUAUUUAAAGAAAAAUACAUAUAUAUAUCUAUAUACAUAUAUAUAUAUAUUUCAACUCUUAUGGUUUUAUUUUUAAUUUAAGGCUCCUGGAGAAGGACAGUAAAACAGAGAACUGAAGUAUCUCUUGCCUCAGUUGCAAGAGCAGGUGUAGAUACUGAAUGACCUUAUUAGCUAAUUAUAACAUCUUGAUAUACGUUCCCCCCCCUUGUUCCCCCUUCCCCCCAAAGAUGAUGUUGAGGGCACAUAGGGGAUAUUAUAUUCUUCUGGGGACAAAACAGCCUCCAGUUUUUUGAUUGUUAUAUUAUAAGGUGUUGCUUUGUACAAUCAAGUGUGGUGUAUACACAACUGUUCUAGCUGGACAGCUGAAGUAAGCACUUGAAUUUACAGUAUUGUCUUGCUUUUGUUUUGCUCCAGUUUGGAAAAAAAGUUGUUGGUUUAAAAAGUGUCCAUUAAAAACAGUUGAAAGAUGUUUAGCAAAGAAGUAUUAACUUGAACGACCUUUUCUUGCAAGGGAAAAGGGGAUGUGUAUGUUUUAAGAUUCCGAAAAGGUGUAGCUGCCGUCAUGCACUUUAAUAAGACUGUCAUGGGGAGAAGGGGGGGAGAGAGGGAACUGAGCUAAUAGUUUAGUUUAACUUCCUCUCAUUUUUUUCUUUCUUUAGUCCUUCCUUGCUCACUCCAUAAAGAAAAUCUGUUUACAUUCCUUACAUGCCAGAAAAGUUGGGGAGGAGAGCAUUUCACUGCUCAUAUUUUAGGUGCUCCUGCUGUUAUAUUGAAAAUGGAUUCUCCUCCCUCUCCCAAAAUGAUAGCAGUUCUUUUCCAGGUCUUUGGAUGAGUCUUAAAGUGUUGUAUUAAAUCUGUAUCUUCCUCAUAAAUUUAAGUCUCUGAUUAGGGAUGCAGAGAAAACAGCUCCCUUUUUAAAGCCAGUUAACCAUUGAGGCAAGACCAGUUUAGAAGUGGGCUGCUGUUAUGCCUGGCUUUCUUUCUCUUGUAGUUUCUGGAAAGAAGCAUCCUCUGUAGAUUCCUAUGCCUGUGUUUAAAUAUGGUCUAGUUCUUCUCACCUAUCAAUUUUAUGCAAAAAUAUAACCCCUCCCCCUUUCCUUUGAAGAAAGCAAUAUGAAAUCUGAAGGAGUUUAGAAUAUCUUAUUCAACUCUGUUCCACUUUGUGGGAAUACCCCCCUCCCCACCCUGUAUUAACCUUCUGCAUUAGGAGGGCAUGCGCAGAAGAGGUUUGUGUGGGGGUGGUUGGGAGUUGUUUUCAUUUAUGUUUAGCAGGUGCUGUGGGGUCCCAAUAGGUAUUGAUUUAAGCAUCUCUUGUUGGUUCAAAAAGCACAAAUCUGCCUAGCAGCCCCUAAGGGCCUGGCAGGAGGAUGAGUAGCCAUCUCCAUCUUUCUGUGAAUGGCCUGCUCUCUGGAACCUUUUAAAACCAUUUUCUAAUUUAGGAACUGAACAGGGGGAUGAAAGCACAUAUGGCUUAAUGAGAAGUGGGGAGGAGGGAAGCAGGUGGGUGUAGCAAGAAGCCAGAGGGCCUUUGCCUUUUCUGGGAUCAACUAGAAAUAUUUGCUUCUUCCAUUUGUUCUUUUGGGAUUCUGUUCUCCCACAAAAUUAUCAUGGGCAUUUUGUUUAGAUUGUAUUGAGGAAAUAAGUCAGGUUCUUGUUUUCUGCUCUCCCUGAUAAAAUAAAGACAAUAUUUUAAAUUUCAGACAAUAUUUUAAAUUUCAGAUAGUUCAAAGAAUUUAUGUAACAAACUGCAGAUGUGUUGA